CCCCCCCCCUCCCCCCCUCCCCCAUCUACCUCCCUCCCUCCCUCCACACGGUGACGGACACUUGCAGCCAUUUUACGCAGCACGAAUCCAAUCAUGUCAUGAGACAAGCUCGCCGCUCACCUGAGCCAGCAGCCGUCGCUGCUCCAACAUGGUGAAGAGGAAAAGCCUGGACGACGACGAGCCCGAGUGCGGGAAAGGAAUCCCUUUCCCCAUCCAAACCUUCCUGUGGCGGCAGACCAGUGCAUUUUUGCGUCCGAAAUUGGGGAAACAAUAUGAAGCAUCUUGCGUGUCCUUUGAGCGGGUCCUGGUGGAGAAUAAGCUCCACGGCUUGUCGCCGGCCCUGUCCGAGGCCAUCCAGAGCAUCUCCCGCUGGGAGCUGGUACAGGCUGCUCUGCCGCACGUUCUCCACUGCACCUCCAUCUUGCUGUCAAAUCGAAACAAACUGGGUCAUCAAGACAAACUGGGCGUGGCCGAGACAAAGCUUCUCCAUACGUUGCACUGGAUGCUAUUGGAUGCCGCCCAGGAGUGCAACCACGAGCCCAGCCUGGGGCAAGGUUGGUCCGCCGGUAGCAGUGGCGGCGGCGCCUUCAUGCAGCCCGUCAGAAACCAGGGCUCAUCUUCAGGUGCUCCAAGCUCCUGCUCCAGUUCUGUCUUAGGGGGAUUGGGCCCACAGCACGGCAGUUCCCAUCUUGAGGAGGAUGAGCACACUCGCACCAAGUUAUUCCACAAGAGCAUGGCCACAGUGGAGCUGUUUGUCUUCCUCUUUGCUCCGCUCAUUCACCGGAUUAAGGAGUCAGACCUGACGUUCCGUCUAGUCAGUGGUCUAAUUAUUUGGCAGCCAAUGUGGGAGCACCGCCAGCCCGAUAUCCCUGCCUUCACUGCCCUCAUCAAACCCUUCCGAAACAUCGUGACUGCAAAAAGGAACUCCCCAGUCAUCAACCAGUGCAGCCCACGUGUGUCUGGAAACCCUGGUCCUAUGGGCUUUCAGGUGGUUUGUGAGGCUGGUCAUUCCGAUUCUUCCUCCUCCCCAGCCGCAGGGGAGCACAGUUGCCGCCGUGGUAACUCUGUGGAGAAAGGUGGACCUUCCCAGCAACCUCCACCAAUCAAAGGACCAUCCAAGAAAAAGACAUCAGCCCCUGCUGGUGUGCCAGCAUCCUUGUCUCAGCGUGCUCGCUAUGCCACCUACUUUGAUGUUGCCGUGCUGCGCUGCCUUCUGCAGCCCCACUGGACAGAGGAGGGGGUGCACUGGGCAUUGAUGUACUACCUCCAACGCUUGAGACAGAUUCUGGAGGAGAGGCCUGAACGUGUUCCUGAACCACUGGUCGCACCUCUGCCACGCCCCCGAAGUAGCUCUAUGGUGGCUGCCACUCCCUCACUGGUCAAUACCCACAAAACCCAGGACAUGAGUCUUAAAUGCAAUGAGGAGGGCAAAUCUCUCAGCACUGAGACAUUCACUAAGGUUUCCUUAACCAACCUUCGUCGCCAAGCAGUUCCUGACCUUUCAUCUGACCUUGGCAUGAACAUCUUUAAGAAGUUUAAGAACCGGCGUGAGGACCGUGAGAGAAAGGGGUCCAUCCCCUUCCAUCACACAGGGAAGAAGCGUCAGCGCCGCAUGGGCGUCCCUUUCUUGCUCCAUGAGGACCACCUUGAUGUCUCACCCACCCGGAGCACAUUCUCCUUUGGGAGCUUUUCUGGCCUGGGCGAUGAUCGGCGCACUCUGGACCGCGGAGGCUGGCAAGCCACAAUCAUGGGUAAAUUCGCACGUCGGGGCAGCACAGACACAGCCGCCGAUGCCGACAGCCUAAGCACCAAGCACUCUCAUUCCCACCACUCGCUUCUCAGAGACAUCCCCGACCACUCAAACAGCCACAGUGAGAAUACUGUCAAAGAGGUUCGAUCCCAGAUUUCCACAAUCACCAUGGCUGCGUUCAACACAACCGUGGCGUCCUUUAAUGUAGGCUAUGCCGACUUCUUCACUGAGCACAUGAAAAGGCUCUGCAACCCUGUCGUCAUCCCGGAGAUGCCUGUGGAGCCACUGGCCUGUGCCAACCUUCCUCGCAGCUUGACUGACUCCUGCAUCAACUACUCCUGCCACGAGGAGGGCGACAACAUCGAGGGAACCAAUAACUUUGUCCUGAAGAACGGAAUGUUGGACCUCACAGCUGUGCUGCGUGCCCUCUACGCUGUCCUCAGCCAUGACAUCAGCUCCAGGAUCUGCGAUGUUGCACUCAACAUCAUCGACUGCCUGCUGCAGCUGGGCGUGGUGCCCGGGAUGGGCAAAAAGCUGUCCAAGCCUGACAACAAGGAGAACGAGGAGGUGCGAGCCAAGGACACAGUUGGCCACAAUCUAGGAGGAGGAGGCGGGGGAGGAGGUGGCGGAGACGGUGGCAGCGGGGGAGGAGGCGGAGGGGGUAGCGGUGGAGGAAGUGGGCAAGGGAGCAAGGAUGACAUGAAGAAUAACAAGGACAAUGACGUAAAGGAAGAGAGCUCUUGCCUCAGUCCUCACCGACUGGCCCUCUCCAUGCUCAUCAAAAUAGUAAAGUCUCUAGGUUGUGCUUACGGAUGUGGCGAGGGACAUCGUGGCCUUUCAGGAGAUCGUCUGAGGAUGCAGGCCCAAAACUGCCUGACCAACCUUUACAAGCUGGACAAGCUGCAGUUUCGCCAGACAAUGCGGGACUACGUCAACAAAGACUCCCUGAAUAACAUUGUGGACUUCCUUCAUGCUCUGCUGGGCUUCUGCAUGGAGCCUAUCACCGACAAGUACGGCAGUGCAGGUGAGAGGUCCAGGAGGGCGAAAAAACGAAACAUCGACAAGGCAGGGUUCGGGAACAAUUUCACCACAGGGGACAACAAGUCUGUAGCGCAGAACAUGGAGGCGGUUGUGGUGGGUUGCAUGUUCAAGUCGCUGAUCACCCGCUGCGCCUCCACAACACAUGAGCUUCACAGCCCUGAGAACUUGGGCCUGUACUGUGACAUCCGCCAGUUGGUGCAGUUCAUCAAGGAGGCCCACGGAAAUGUUUUUCGCCGAGUGGCUCUGAGUGCGCUCCUAGACAGUGCUGAGAAGGUCACAACCACCAAAAAACCUGAGGAAAAAGAUGAGAACAAACUGCAAGCUCCAAGAAGGUCAGAGGCGGGUGUGUCCGGGGAGAAGGGUCAGGUAUCCAGUGCUGCAGAUGAGUGUCGCAGCUACAUCUCCAGCAGACCCCCCCAGACCCCCGAACACGAGGAGAUACCUGGAGCUCUGCUGGGUAGGAAAGACUUUUGGAGGAAGAUGUUUAAGUCGCAGAGUGCUGCCAGUGACACCAGCAGCCAGUCAGAACAGGACACCUCAGAAUGCACCACCGCCCAUUCUGGUACCACCACAGACCGCCGCUCCCGAUCAAGAUCCAGGCGUAUUUCACUUCGCAAGAAACUUAAACUGCCAAUAGGCAAUUGGCUGAAGCGUUCAUCUCUCUCUGGACUUACUGACGGUGUGGAGGACCUGUUGGAUAUCAGCUCAGUAGAUCGGCUCUCUUUUAUUCGACAGAGUUCAAAGGUGAAGUUCACCAGCGCAGUCAAGCUGUCAGAGGGGGUUGCCACUGGGCCAGAAUACGGCAGGGAGGAGGAAGAGAAUUUCUUCAAGCGGCUCGGUAAAUGGAGGUCUGGCAGGAGGAAUCCAUCCAAGCUUCACCACACAGAAGAGAAAGAUGGACCCCAUGGUUUCCAGGAGCGUCUUGCUGCCACUCAGGAAGCCAUAAAAAACAAAAAUGUGGUGAACUUGGGUGCAAUUCGACAGGGCAUGAAGCGUUUCCAGUUUCUGCUCAACUGUUGUGAGCCGGGGACCAUACCUGAUGCUUCAAUCCUUGCCGCUGCUCUGGAUCUGGAAGCGCCCAUCGUGGCUCGGGCGUCCCUCUUUCUUGAAUGUGCCCGGUUUGUCCAUCGCUGUAACCGUGGCAACUGGCCAGAGUGGAUGAAGGGCCACCAUGUAAACAUCACUAAGAGAGGCUUGUCCAGGGGGAGGUCUCCUAUCGUGGGCAAUAAAAGGAAUCAGAAGCUCCAGUGGAAUGCAGCGAAACAUUUCUGCCAGUGGGGAGAUGCGAUUGGCACACGGCUGAGCGAACUUUGCCACUGUGACAGUGAGAGUCCUGCCAACAUCUUGGGUUACAUCUACGAUGACGAAACAAAACGAAGAAUGAGGAAAGAGGAUGAGGAAGAGGACUAUUUAGAUGAUAACACUGUGAAUCCAACAAAAUGUGGCUGUCCAUUUGCUCUAAAGAUGGCUGCUUGCCAGCUUUUGCUGGAAAUCACCACCUUUCUACGAGAGACAUUUCCUUGUUUGCCACGACCACGCACGGAACCACUUGUGGACUUAGAAAGCUGCCGCUUACGUCUCGAUCCUGAGCUUGGCCGACAUCGCUAUGAGAGGAAGAUCAGCUUUGCGGGCAUCCUUGACGAUGAGGACGGCCAUGACUCACUUAAUAGUAGCAGCCACACUCUGAAGUCAGACACCAUGUGUGAUGACAAGAAGGCUCAGGAGACAACUGUUCCCAUUCGGAAGAUUCGUAUUGGAGGCUCGCGACUGCUUCAGAUUAAAGGAGCCCGCAGUUUCCGCGUAAAAAAAGUUGGGUCUUUGUCUUCCAUACGGAGGGCGGGUAGCCUGAAGAGCACCAAAAUGUCCCGACAGGAUUCAGAAUCAGAGAAUGAGGAGGGGAUACUUUCACAAACAAACAGCAGGGAUACAGUCACAGACAUAGGUAGUCCCUGCAGUACCAGUGAACCAAGUAUUGAGCCUGAGGGCCAAAGCUCAAGUGGCACAGAGGACAACUACCACCGCAACAUGUCCUGGCUUCAUAUCAUGAUCCUGCUGUGCAACCAGCAGAGCUUCAUCUGCACCCACAUUGACUUCUGCCACCCACGAUGCUACCAGCACCACAACCGCUCCUGUGCCCGCUUGGUCCGCGCCAUCAAGCUUGUAUACGGUGAGACGGUGGACAGCCUGAGAGAGGACAGCGCUCCCCCCACCGGCAUCAUCGGUGCUCGUGCACAGAAGAACAAGGAGUGUUCUGACAAAUCGUGUCUGAGGACGCCGUCCAUGAAGAGGAGACCCACUGACAGCAACACAGAAGGGAAGAAGGACACUGGAAUGUUAAAAUACAUUAGAAAUCAGGUGAUGAGCUUGUCGCCAGCUCCUUUGUCGCUUCUCAUCAAAGCUGCUCCCAUCUUGACUGACGACAUGUACGGAGACAUUCAGCCUGCAGCCUGGGAGCUCCUGCUCAGCGUGGAUGAACACAUGGCAGCUGCUGCUGCUGCCAUGUUCCUCCUGUGUGCAGUGAAAGUCCCUGAUGCCGUGACCGAGAUGAUGAUGUCUGAGUUCCAGCACCAUGAGGCCUGCCAGCGCAUCAACUCCACCCUCAAGUUUUACACACUUUGGCGAUUCCGCUACCAGGUGUGGCCUCGGAUGGAGGAUGGGGCUCAGCAGAUCUUCAAAAUUCCUCCACCCAGCAUAAACUUCACCCUGCCGUCUCCCAUACUGGGCAUGCCCUGUGUGCCCAUUUUUGAUCCCCCUUGGGUUCCCCAGAAUACAGGAAGUGUCCAAGACCCAAUCAAUGAGGAUCAGUCUAAAUCUUUCUCAGCCCGGGCAGUCUCACGCUCUCAUCAGCGAGCUGAGCACAUACUGAAGAACCUGCAGCAGGAAGAGGAGAAGCGGCGCCUGGGCCGUGAAGCCAGCAUAAUCACGGCCAUCCCUGUGGCGCAAGAGGCGUGCUAUGAGCCCACAUGCAGCCCUCCAUCGGAGCAAGAGGAAGAAGCAGAAGAAGUGGUGAACCUGGCAUCCCGUCGUCUGUCUGUUAGUCCGUCCUGCGCCUCCAGUAAUUCCCACAGGAAUUACUCUUUCCGACGAGGUUCCGUGUGGUCAGUCCGCUCAUUAGCGAGUGCUGAAGAUGAAGAGAACACGACAGAACACACACCUACACACCACAUGCUGCAGCCACCACAAGCAGUCUUCCCAGCAUGCAUCUGUGCUGCUGUGCUCCCCAUAGUGCACCUCAUGGAGGACGGAGAGGUUCGAGAGGAUGGUGUAGCUGUAAGUGCAGUUGCCCAGCAAAUCUUGUGGAACUGCCUAAUUGAGGAUCCUGCCCUUGUCCUGCGCCAUUUCCUGGAGAAACUCACCGUGAGCAAUCGGCAGGAUGAGUUAAUGUACAUGUUGAGGAAGCUGCUGCUUAAUAUUGGAGAUCUUCCAGCACAGACCUCCCAUAUCCUUUUCAACUACUUGGUGGGCCUGAUCAUGUACUUUGUGCGGACCCCCUGCGAGUGGGGGAUGGAUGCCAUUUCAGCGACACUCACCUUUUUGUGGGAGGUCGUGGGCUACGUGGAAGGGCUGUUCUUCAAGGACCUGAAGCAGACCAUGAAGAAAGAGCAGUGUGAAGUCAAGUUGUUGGUCACAGCGUCCAUGCCAGGAACCAAGACUCUGGUGGUUCACGGACAGAACGAGUGUGACAUCCCGACGCAGCUGCCAGUCCAUGAAGACACACAGUUCGAAGCUCUGCUUAAGGAGUGUCUGGAAUUCUUCAACAUUCCAGAGGCCAGAUCGGCGCAUUACUUCCUCAUGGACAAACGGUGGAACCUCAUCCAUUAUUCCAAAACAUAUGUAAGAGAUAUCUACCCGUUUCGGAGGUCAGUCUCUCCGCAGCUGAACCUUGUGCACAUGCUGCCUGAGAAAGGACAGGAGCUGAUUCAGAAACAAGUGUUUUCCCGCAAACUAGAAGAGGUCGGUCGUGUGCUCUUCCUCAUUUCCCUCACUCAGCGUAUGCCCGCUGUGCAUAGGCAGUCCCACGUCUCACUGCUCCAGGAAGACCUGCUCCGCCUGCCAUCCUUCCCCAGGACUGCCAUUGAUGCUGAGUUCUCCCUGUUUAAUGAGCCACAGGGUAAGGAGCUAUUCGGGUUAGAUACUCUACACAAGGUUCUAUGGAUCAAGCUCCUUGAGGAGAUGUUCCUGGGGAUGCCCAGCGAGUACCCAUGGGGAGACGAGAUGAUGCUGUUCCUCAGUGUUUUUAAUGGGGCGUUGCUGCUGCACCCGGAGGACAGCGCCCUCCUCAGGCAGCACACGGCAACCGCCAUCAACACUGCAGUGCACUUCAAUCACCUGUUCUCACUGAGCGGUUAUCAGUGGAUCCUGCCAACCAUGCUACAGGUGUAUGCAGACUAUGAAGGCAACCCUUUAUUGAGGCAGGGAAUCGAGUUCUGCUGUCGGCAAUUCUACAUCCUCCACCGCAAGCCUUUUAUCCUGCAGUUGUUUGCCAGUGUGGCACCACUGCUGGAAUUCCCAACCAGCACCAGUAGUGGCCUUUCCAAGGGAGUUUCAUCUCAGUGUCUGUUCGACCUUUUGGUCUCUCUGGAAGGCGAGACUCAGGAUGCCCUGGACGCAUUGGAACUGGUUAAGGCUGAGAAACCAUUGCGCUCUCUGGAUUUUUGCUAUGGCAAUGAGGACUUGGCUUUUUCUAUUAGUGAAGCCAUCAAACUGUGUGUCACCGUGGUAGCCUAUGCACCCGAAUCCUUCAGAAGUCUUCAAAUGCUGAUGGUGCUGGAGGCCCUGGUCCCAUGUCACCUCCAAAAGCUGAAGAGCAACACAAUGACCAUGGAGUCCGCAUCAGCAGCUAGGGAUGAGAUCGCAGCUAUUGCCGCUCUGGCCACGUCGCUGCAGGCUUUGCUCUACAGCUCGGAGGCACUCACAAGUACAUUUAUUAAUAGGCCCAUGACGGCCCCACAGAUGUCCCGCUGUGACCAGGGCCAUAAAGGAGGGACCACUGCCAACCAUGCCAUGUCUGGAGGAGUCAACACAAGAGACAACCUCCACCUGCUGGAGGAGGGCCAGGGCAUGCCAAGGGAGGAGCUGGAUGAGCGCAUCGCAAGGGAGGAGUUCCGUCGACCGCGAGAGUCCCUGUUAAACAUCUGCACAGAAUUCUACAAACACUGCGGGCCCCGUCUAAAGAUCCUACAGAAUGUAGCUGGUGAACCGCGUGUGACAGCACUGGAACUGCUUGACAUCAAGUCCCACAUGAGGCUGGCGGAGAUUGCUCACGCUCUGCUGAAGCUGGCGCCAUACGACACUCUGACCAUGGAGAGCCGAGGCCUGCGGCGCUACAUCAUGGAGAUGCUGCCCAUCACAGACUGGUCUUCUGAGGCCGUGCGUCCCGCUCUAAUCCUCAUUCUCAAGAGGCUUGACCGCAUGUUCAACAAGAUCCACAAAAUGCCCACGCUCAGGUGCGCUCGCCCACAGGCACUAUGCACCAGGAGACAGGUGGAGUGGGAGGCAGCCAGCAACCUGAUUGAUGGCAUUUGUCUAACUCUCCAGCGGCAGCCAAUCAUCUCCUUCCUCCCGCACCUUCGCUCGCUCAUCAACGUCUGCGUCAACCUGGUUAUGGGUGUUGUGGGCCCAUCCAGCGUGGCAGACGGGUUACCUCUGCUCCACCUCAGCCCUUACCUCUCCCCGCCGCUCCCCUUCAGUACAGCGGUGGUCCGGUUGGUUGCUUUACAAAUCCAGGCCUUGAAGGAAGACUUCCCCCUCAGUCACGUGAUCUCACCUUUCACCAAUCAGGAGAGGCGAGAGGGGAUGCUGCUAAAUUUGCUAAUCCCUUUUGUACUCACUGUCGGAUCAGGGAGCAAAGACAGCCCUCACCUUGAACAGCCGGAGAUCUUCCUGCUGCUGCAGACGGUCAUCAAUAUUUUGUUGCCUCCCCGCAUCAUCUCCACUUCCCGUACCAAAAACUUCAUGCUGGACACUUCACCAGCUCACUGCUCCACCCCUGGUGACACAGGAAAAGACCUGCGCAGAGAGGGUUUGGCUGAGUCCACCAGCCAGGCAGCGUAUCUGGCCCUGAAAGUGGUUUUAGUGUGCUUCGAGCGGUCACUGGGGAACCAGUGGUAUCGUCUAAGUCUCCAGGUGAAAGAGAUGGCCCUCAGGAAAGUGGGGGGCCUCGCCUUCUGGGACUUCAUUGACUUCAUCGUGCGAACCCGCAUCCCCAUCUUUGUGCUACUGAGACCCUUCAUCCAGUGCAAGCUAUUGACGCAGCCAGCCGACUCCCAGGAAGAGAUCACGGCACGUCACCACAUUGCCGACCAACUUGAGCGGCGCUUUAUCCCGCGACCUCUCUGCAAAAGCUCGCUGUUUGCCGAAUUCAACAAUGAACUGAAGAUCCUCAAAGAGGCUGUCCACAGCGGCUCCGCGUACCAGGGCAAGACAUCCAUCAGCACAGUAGGCACCUCCACAUCAGCCUACCGCCUGAGUUUGGCCACAAUGUCACGCUCCAACACAGGCACUGGCACGGUUUGGGAGCAGGACAGCCAGCCAUCCCGCCAGCCCUCGCAAGACACGCUCAGUCGCACUGAUGAGGAUGACGAAGAGAAUGACUCAAUAAGUAUCCCCAGCGUAGUGAGUGAGCACGAGGCAUUCUUGCCCAGGCUUAUAUCAGAACGCCGAUUCUCCAGCCACGCCACCGGCUCGGCUACCUUGCAACCCGAAGCCCCCCGAAGCACCAUGCUGCCCAGCCACAGUGAACCCAAUGUCCUAGAUGAGUCCCAGGGCCUUCUGCAGGAGGUUAACCUCUCUAGGGUUGCCAGUGUACAGAGCGAGCCCGGUCAGCAAAACCUACUCAUCCAGCCUCCACUGGGGAGGAAGAGAGGCCUCAGACAGCUGCGGCGCCCCCUGUUGUCCAUUCCAAAGAACGAACCCCGUGGUCGUACAGGAGCUCGGCUCUCUACGACUCGCAGGAGCAUCCAACCCAAAAAUAAACCACUGGCAGCGCAAGGAGACCAAAAGAGAUCGGUCACGUUUACGGAGACACAAGGCCAGCAAAUGUGUGUGGGAGCCGGCAAGCCUUUGAUUCCUAGUGCCACAGAUCUUCCAGUUGAGGGCAGGAAGAGCAAUCCCGCCACGUCGAAGCCCCCCACACUGGAAGUGCCCCCUGCCUCGUCGGCCACCGUCAUCGCCGACCUGCACAGCCCUGCGAAAAGACAGGUCGCUCCUACCCUGAGUAUCAAGGAGAAACGAGAACAGUGGGGCCUCCGCAGCAGCCUGACGCCACCCCCUUCCAUCUCCCGCACCUCCACCCCAACACCACCUCCCCAUCCCUGCUCACCACUUACCCUGUCUAGAACCAGCUCCCCUUUGUCCCGCACUUCCUCGCCUCUUCCGCCGCCCCUCCCGGUGUUGGGCACAACGCCGGCCCCUGGCCCGCCGCUGCCGCCCCCGCUUCCCUUCCCCCCGACCCCACUUGUCCAUCCGCCCGUGGCCUCCGGGAGCCGAGAGAGCCCCGGGGACGCAGACACCGCCGCACUCCUGCCGCAAAGCAACACCCUGGUACAACUCGGUGAGGAUGAGGGCACGGAAAACCCCCUCCUCACCCCGCUGCUGUCCACACCCGCAAUUCGGCACUCACCUCGCAGACUUCCCCUCCCCCUCUCUGCUGUUGAUCUGGACUUGGAUGAGUCACAUGUGUGAAGUCAAUUUUAUUUCUACAAGGCCAACAGAUAUCUCAAUGCUGGUCAGGAGCCACACUUCUCAGACAUUGAAGAAAAACCAACUGAGCCCCACCCAAGGGUCAGAGGACGAGAAAACAAAGGCCGUGUCAACAAUCGUAAUUGUCCUACGCCAACGGCAACUCUCCAUGUAAAAAAUAUACACAAUAUAAAAACGGAAUAUAUAUAUAUAUAUAUAUAUAUUUUAGCGGAGCUCAUACAACUACAUGUAUGAAUUAUAUUAAAUAUAUUACAUUUCAAUACAUAUUUAUGAGGGUGCACUAAAUUAAAGAAGCUGUUACAUCAUAUUGUCCAGUCAUAAUGAAUUAAAUGCAUA